AUGUCGAACAAGGCUCUCUUCUUCAGCAAGGUUCCCCAACCUCAGACAUACCCCGCAGCUGGCGAGCAUCUCACCGUCAGUGAAGUCGGUUACGGUCCCGAUGUCGCUGCCCCCGAGAAUGGCGUUGUCCUCAAGUCCCUUUACAGCAGCUUUGACCCCUACAUGCGUGGCCGCAUGCGCGCCCCCGAAACCAAGUCCUACUCUCCCCCCUUCGCUCUCGGCAAGCCGCUAGACACUGCCACCGUUGGCAAGAUUGUUCGCUCCAACAAUGCCGACUUCAAGGAAGGCGACCUCGUGAUCGGCCACUUGCCUUUGCAAGAGUUCGUCGCGCUCGACAGCCCCAACAUGGUGCGCAUCAGAAAUAUUGAGAACCCUCUCGGCUUGGAGGAUAUCCGUGUUUUCUUGGGACCCCUUGGUAUGCCAGGAUUGACCGCAUACUCCUCGCUGUACGAUAUUGGCAAGCCUAAGAAGGGUGAGACCAUCUUCGUCUCUGCUGCCAGUGGUGCUGUCGGUCAGCUGGUCGGUCAGCUGGCCAAGCAUGAAGGUCUGCGCGUGAUUGGAUCCGUUGGCUCGGAUGAGAAGCUCAACUACAUCAUUAACGAGCUUGGUUUCGACGGUGGUUUCAACUACAAGACUGAGAAGCCUGCCGAUGCGCUCAAGCGUCUGGCCCCCGAGGGCGUGGAUAUCUACUACGAGAAUGUUGGUGGAGAGCACUUUGAGGCUGCCCUGAACGCUAUGAACGAUUUCGGCCGUGUCGUUUUCUGCGGUAUGAUCUCGCAGUACAACGCUGCUCCCUACCCCAUCACCAAUCUCAUGCACAUCGUUGCCAAGCGCAUUACAUGCCGUGGCUUCAUCGUCGGAGAUGCGAACAUGGGUCCUGUCUACACCAAGGAGCACCAGAAGAAUGUCCAGCAGUGGAUUAAGGAUGGCUCUUUCAAGGUUUUGAUCCACGAGACCGAGGGUAUUGAGAACUCCGCUCAGGGUCUAAUUGAUAUCUACCACGGCAAGAACUUCGGCAAGGCUGUUCUCAAGUUUUAA